UGUCAUGUAAAUGAACAAGAGUGUUUUCUAGUUAUUGAAAGGCUGGUGUGUCCUCCAGUGUCUCGACAAUGGCCGCCCAGAAGGACGUGUCCCAGGCCACGAGGCGUCGCACAGCGCUAAACGUCGCCGUGGCGGCCCUGGCGGCGGAGGCAGGAUUUCAGCGAGUGGAAAAGCUUGCACUGGAAACCCUGACAGAGAUGCUACAGAGCUACAUCAUGGAGCUUGGGCGGUCGGCACACUACGGCUCGGAGCUGUCUUGCCGCACCCGGCCAAACGUCUUCGAUGUGGAGCUUGCCCUGGCCGACAUGGGAGCCGACAUUGGUGGUCUGCGCAAGUAUGCCUUCAGACCCAAGCGGCUGGCCGUAAACAAACAAAAUCGUUUGCUACCGUCGACACAGCCGAAGACGUUACGCGUCGGCAACCAGCGUCCUCACCCGUCCCACAUUCCCAGCCACUUGCCCGCUUUCCCCGACCCGCACACCUAUGUGCGCUCGCCUGCCUACCGCAAGCCGGUGGUGGACCACGCGUCCAUCCGUGAAAAGAUCGCUUCACAACAGCAGCAGACGCGCCAGGCACUUACUAAGUUCAUGGUGAAGACACGGCCGGCGGAUCCGUUCUCCGUACCCGGAUCCACAACGCCGCUUGCCUCGGUGCUCCAGCCCGACAUGCCCACCGAGGCACCCUACUUGAAAGCCAUCAUGCCGUGUGACGAGGAUAACGUCGAAGUGCCCCCGCCACCGCCACCGCCAACAGCUGACUUGAGCAGAGAUGACGCUGAGGCAGCGCAGGGCGAGGACAGUUCAGAGUCGAGCGUCGUCGAACCGCCGGAGGAGCACAAUCCGUACCUGGUGCCGGCGAAGAAGCGACCCCAACUCAAAGCAGUCCUGUCCCUGUCCAAGCAGAAAAUUCGCAUUCGGUGAGGGAAUGGGAGAGAGAGAGAAGAGGUGCCGUUAACCGCUGGUGUUGUCUUGGCAUAGUUAUGUUGGCACUGGAAGUAGCUCUCGAAUUGGCUACUGGCUGAUGUGUGACCCUGCAUAGCUCGCCAUGUGUUUCUCGACUUUCUCCUGUUCCUGUGGACUAGAAACACCGUUCCAUGUGAUCAGCAUGCUGGGAUGUUCUGUACUAGCCUGAGUUGAACGCUGCUCUUCUCCGUCGGGUCAGCAGCUGCUGGUAUUGCCGAAUGCCAGUCAGGAAUAGAACAAGAGACAGAGCACGUCGGUGUAAGCUUGCACGUGACUGGCUGCGAUGCAGGAGGUACACUUUCCGUGCUGCUCCUCAACAUGCCAUCCAUGGUUGCUGGCAGAACACGUUCGCACGUUUCCAGCCACCCGUCUCUCUAGUCCCGUGCUGAAUGUCAGUUCUAAGCCGCUCGUCCCACGGGCCAUGUCCUCCGCUGGAAUCCCAAUGCGGUGAGACGCCGCCAGUAUUUAUGUGCAGUGUGCGUGCUGGCGUCGCAACAUCUACUUGAUGGGUGACGAUGGGACGUUUUCACCGUGUGCUUCAUCCUGAACUUAGCAAGUUCUUGGGCUGCUCUUGGAGGAAGCAAUUUUUAUUCACGGUUCAAUUGACUCGCUAGAACGGCGCCAGGCCAUUCUUUCGAAUUUAUCUGCGUGCACAACGGACACUGUGUCCAUGCUAGACUUGUGUGCGUUGCUCUCGAACUGCUUGCUGCUGCCCACAGCUGCAUGCACUGCGGCCGAGUCUCCGCUGAGUUGCGGUGCAGCGCUCGUGUGUGUGUGUGUGCAUGUGUGCCAUGCUCAUGUGUGCAUGGUUCUUAGCUGUUUGAGUCCAGUGUGUCUCGGCAGGUUUCUUAUCAAUCGAAUCUGUGAUUACGUAACAGACUCUCUGUACUAAUGUAGUAAUGUUCACAACCCAGUGACUGUAAGGGCACACCUUUGUUUCUUCUGUUGGUAGAGGUGCACAUACCAGGCCUAUAAUCAUUUUGACCGACGACAUUCAAUGACUAUGACAUAAUUAUUACGGUGUGUUGUUGUUGUUGUGCAUGCUUUGAGCUUGCUGCCGAUGCUGAACUAUCUUGCAUAAUGCUGAUGUCCGUGCUGAACUAUCUUGCAUAAUGCUGAUGUCCGUGCUGAACUAUCUUGCAUAAUUAUGCCGAUGCGCUGUGCGCCGGCCGUUGGAUUCUGUUCCUACGUCUCUGGCCACUCACUCUCCAGGACUACGGUCAUAGUGUUAUUUUUUCUACUGUAUAACAAGUAGCUCGACAGCUUGACGACCUUCUUGGCUGUUUGAAAACUGUCGGUACCGGUACCCAUGUGGUAUCAAUUUUUUGAUUUCUCCCCUCCCCCCCCCCCCCCCCACCGAAAGUUGCGGUGUCCGCACGUCAGCGCUGACCUUCAUUAUUUCGCAUACUCAGUAGAUCUUGCUUUGUGCUCUUCUAGAACUCUGCCCCUGCUUGCUCUCUUGUUUUUUUGGCUUUGCA